ACAGGGGGCUCUUGCGUCUCUCUGAAAACACAUAAGCAUAAACAGGGUUUAAGGGGUUGUUCACGUAAUCCCUCCAGAGUACUCAGAUAUCCGAUUUCCCCUGAAGACGGCAUACCUCCAUCAGGACCCUGUUGCCACUUCAACUUUAUUUUUUUACCCUCCGGGGGGCGGGGUCCUUCUUGCUAACCACCUCCGAGACCAAGCAAGGAAAGCUGAGACCAUCACCAGUACACACAAACUAAAAGAAACGACCAUGAAGUUGUCUAUAAUUCGCAGUGCUUGCGGGAGCCUUCGGAUACAUCCAGCCCGCCGAGGAAGCGGGGUCGGCGGCUUGUCGCGGAGAUGCCACCCGGCGUUACCGACCCACAGCCGGGUGAUCCUCCGGGCGGCGAGCGCCGCUUCCCGCGGAGGUCACAACCCGGUACCGGCCGUCCACUUCGGGAACCCACCCCGAAAGGAGGACGGGUUUGAGUACGACACUUCGUUGAGCGAGGUGGUUCGGAGCACCAAGGAGGCCAUGUUGGCUCUGCAGAGAAGAAAUUCAACGGUCCAGCCUUUGUUAGCCAUUAUACAGGCAGGUGAAGACGACCGCUUGUUGGAGAUCAGCAAGAAAAUUGCAGGAAGGAUUGGCUUAAACAUCACCCAGAUUUGUCUGGAAAAGGGGUGCAGUGAAGAUGAAAUCGUAGAAGAGGUGUUGAAGCUCAACGAAGACCCCGGUGUGCACGGAGUCUACCUCCACCUCCCCCCUGCUUCACUCACCAGUCGGGUGUUGAACACACUCAAACCGGAGAAGGACGUUGAUGGGAUAUCCGAUUUGAAUAUGGGCCGCCUGGUGCGAGGAGACAUCAGUAAAGGCUUUGUGCCGCCCGUAGCCAGUGCCGUCCUCGCUCUGCUGGAGAAACAUGAUGGUCCUUUGGAAGGGAAAGCUGUGCUGAUGGUCGGAGGAGAAGGGCCCUUCGGGGUGGCCCUGCAGUGCCUGAUAGAAAGAAGUGGAAUGGUAGCGUUCAAGAGUCACUGCAGCUCCAAGAACCUCCAGAGUCAGGUGAUGCAGGCGGACGCUGUGGUCCUAUUGGGAGCUGAGAUUGUGGAUUUCCCCUCCACCUGGGUCAAACCAGGGGCUGCCGUCAUCCGCUGUACGCCGACUCUGGAGUCAGAUGAACAUGCCGCUGCGUUGGGGUUGGGGUCCCUCACAGCCGCUUACAGAACACAGAACGUGGUGCAUAGUUGCGGUCGGUGGCUCCAGGAGCAGCAGUACCAACCCUGGCAUUUGCGCAGCCUCAAACUGCAGCCCCUGACCCCUGUACCAAGUGACAUAGAGAUCUCCAGAGCUCAGACACCCAAGUCAGUGGACCAGCUGGCUGAGGAGGUUGGUUUGCUGCCAGAAGAGCUUGAAGCUUACGGCAGGAGCAAAGCAAAGGUCCGACUCUCUCUGUUAGACCGCCUCCACGAACAGCCCGAUGGGAAAUAUGUGCUGGUUGCCGGUAUAACUCCCACUCCACUGGGCGAAGGCAAAAGCACGGUGACCAUUGGCCUUGUCCAGGCCCUCACUGCCCACCUUAAGCUCAACUCCUUUGCCUGUCUGCGACAGCCUUCCCAGGGACCCACCUUUGGGGUCAAAGGGGGAGCCGCAGGUGGGGGAUAUGCCCAGGUCAUCCCGAUGGAGGAGUUCAACCUCCAUCUGACUGGUGACAUUCAUGCCAUCACAGCAUCCAACAACCUGGUGGCAGCAGCUAUCGAUGCCAGAAUGCUUCACGAGGCGACGCAGUCAGACAAGGGCCUGUACAAUAGACUCGUACCUUCAGUGAAUGGAGUCAGACAAUUUUCACCCAUCCAAAUCUCCAGGCUUCGUCGUCUAGGGAUUAACAAGACAGAUCCCGCGUCUCUGACACCGCAGGAAGUCAGCACCUUUGUUCGUCUUGACCUUGACCCCUCGAAGAUCACCUGGCAGAGAGUUGUUGACACAAAUGACCGUUUUUUGAGGAAGAUCACAGUGGGACAGGCGAGCACUGAAAAAGGACAGAUAAGAGAGACCGGGUUCGACAUCGCAGUGGCCAGCGAGAUCAUGGCCAUCCUGGCUCUGGCGGACGGCCUGGAGGACAUGAAAAGGCGUCUGGCGCGCAUGGUGGUGGGCACCAGUCGCUGUGGACAGCCCGUCACCGCAGAGGACCUGGGCGUGAGUGGAGCCCUGGCGGUGUUAAUGAAAGAUGCCAUUAAGCCCACGUUGAUGCAGACCCUCGAGGGUACGCCAGUGUUUGUGCACGCUGGGCCCUUCGCCAACAUCGCCCAUGGCAACUCCUCCGUGCUGGCAGACAAGCUGGCUUUGAAGUUGGUUGGACGGGACGGCUUUGUGGUGACGGAGGCCGGAUUCGGAGCGGACAUCGGGAUGGAGAAGUUCUUCAACAUCAAAUGUCGGGCUUCAGGCCUGAGGCCCGACGCGGUGGUGCUGGUUGCUACGGUCCGAGCGCUGAAGAUGCACGGCGGUGGACCGAAUGUGUCUGCUGGGGCCCCUCUUCCCAGAGAGUACAUUGAUGAGAACCUGAGUCUAGUCGCAGGCGGUUGUCGAAGCAACCUCAGGAAGCAGAUCCAGAUUGCACACCUGUUUGGGGUACCGGUCGUGGUGGCACUCAAUGUCUUUAAGACAGACACCCAGGCGGAGAUUGACCUUGUGUGUCAGAUCGCCAAAGAGUGCGGCGCGUCGGACGCGGUGCCGUGUCACCACUGGGCGCAGGGCGGCCGGGGCUCCUUGGAUCUGGCCCGAGCCGUGAACGAGGCGGCCAGCAGGCCGGGCAACUUCCAGUUCCUGUACGACAUCGAGAUGCCGAUAACCGAGAAGAUCAGAACGAUCGCACAAAAGGUAUACGGAGCUGACGACAUUGAGCUGUCUCCAGAGGCCAAGGACAAGAUCGAUUACUACAAUAAACAGGGAUAUGGUUCACUGCCCAUCUGCAUGGCAAAGACUCACCUGUCCCUGUCCCAUAUGCCUGACAAGAAGGGCGUACCCACUGGGUUUGUCCUGCCUAUCAGAGAGGUCCGCGCUAGCGUCGGUGCUGGUUUCAUCUACCCGCUCGUGGGAACGAUGAGCACCAUGCCCGGCCUGCCAACCCGACCCUGUUUCUACGACAUCGACCUCGACCCGGUCACAGAGGAGAUCACCGGGCUCUUCUGAUCUCUUCAAUCAAAGAAAGCAUCCCAAACAAAUGUUGUGUAACUAAUGUCGUUGCGGCCGUCGUCUCUGUAACUGGACUUUAUUUCUUCCCUCGAGUUUGUGCGACCGCAUUCACUUAGUGCCACGGCUCUGGUCUGAAACGAUGCGCUCUGCGCACACUUAAAAAGCGUCAUCCUGUUCUUAUACCCGGGAACCCCAGAUCCAUCCACCACAUCUAUGACCGGAAAUACUUUCUUGCCUCCCAGCAGCCCAAACACACUCCAAACCACAGGAGCAAGUAAAGUAAAUGUGUGCCAAAGAUGAACACCUAUGAACCACGUCACCUUUAUCACAUGUGCUAAUGCGUUUGAACCUCCGUGUUUGUUUGUUUGUUUUGUAUGAAAGGGUCAAUUUAAGUCAUGAAAAUGGUCAUUAAGUUUACUUUUUUGUGUUUUCAUGAACUUUCAAUUUCUGUUUUUUUAUUUUUUAGAAAAAUAACAUUUAAAUGUUUUAAAAUAGCGCUAAAUUUAUUGCACGUCAUAUGCUUUUCAUUUGAAUGAAGCGCAGCUUCUUUUGAUUUUUAACAAACUUGCUUCUCUAUGCACCAAAAGCCAUAACUGUGUUUAUCGCGCCUUGAUUUCUCUAACAUGCUGACACACAGCUGCUGCUGCUGCUGUAAAAGUUACUCCAGUCAGAUCCCCUUAUUAUAAAGAAAACAAUUGCGUCUUGCAAAUGUGAUGUGAUGUGUUGUGUUAACAGCAAUUUAUUAAAGAAGCUCCAUUCUCCGUG